UCCAUUCAUUCACCCCCUCCUUCUCCCAGCUGUGAAGCGGCGUGCGUAGCUGAAGGACACAACGCUGCGCUCUGCUGUGGGGUAGCGCGCUGCCGACAGAGUUGGAGAGCCCGAUCCGACGGGGGGAUAGAUAGACUCACUGCACUCCCUCCCUUUCUCCCUCUCCCCUUGUUCUUUCUGUGUCCCUGCCUGUCUUUCCAUCCCCGCGCUGUCUCGUUCAUGAAUGUCACCUCUAUCUCUGGGAAAUGCUGGAUUUAUCAAGCACCCUGUCUUUUUCCCCUUUCUCCCCCUUCUUCUUUCAGGGUGCGGGUGAACGCAAAGGGUGAUGCCAUGAGAGCUUGAAAGACAGUGAGGAAACAAGCCGCCCCCCGACCAUCCGCACCCCUUUCAUCCUCGUCCCAACGUGCAGAGCUGAUGCCUCAGGUCGGACAGGUCUCUACUUCUUGUUCUUGUUCUUCUUCUUCUACUUCUCUUGCUCUGACAUUGUUUCGGAUGGAGACAUUUUAAAGGUGAUGGACAGAAACAAAAGCAGCAGUGUCACUCCUGUUUUGGAGAGUUGACAUUCGGGCAUUUUUUUCGUCCCACUGAAUAGGUCCAGGGGUCUGAUCUGCAGGAUUGGGCGGGUUAAGAGGACUAAACGUGGUUUCUUUUUUUUUUCUUUUUUUUUUCUUUCUUCUUCUUGGGUCUGGUUUCAUCAUGCAGCGAACAGUUCCGUGGAGGAACCCUUUAAGGCAGGGUUGAGUCGAACUUCGCUGGAGCUCUAGGAGGGGGGCGCAGGCACGCUUGGAUUGGGACAGAGGCACCAGGGCACGUUGCUGGGCCACAGUGCACUGGUUUUUAGGUGGAUAACAACAUAACUUGUCCCAACAGAAGAACAGUGACGUAUUAAGACUUCACACUGAACCAACCUCGCAACCAGGAAACGGGACAACUAGAAGGACAUUUAAAGGCCAACGGCCAUCGCUCAAAGCCUCAACAAGAGCCAAUUUUCAGUUUUGGGUGGGCCCUUAACGGAUCCACCUUCAUUUCCUCCAGCUCCUCCUCGUUUCCUGCCUUUCUCCCCGCUGCUUUGCUCUAUCCUCAGAAGUCCCCACCUCCCCCUCCUCAGCUCUGCACCCCUCCCUCAGCGGUGCUCCGUCGCCCUGGGUGAGCGGGCAGGGGGGUGGCCCACGGUACCCCCCGACACCUGGGCGCCACCAAGCCGCCAGUGGCUGGUGAGGUGGCGGCAGGGUCAGCGCUGGGAAGAUGGCCGCUCUCGCCAGCUCCCUCAUUCGCCAGCGCAGGGAGGUCAAGGACCCCCAGGCAAACCGGCAGAUCGCCAGCAAGCGCAAGCCCUGCCCAAAGAGCAACAAGUCGCUCUGCCAGAAGCAAAUCCUCAUAUUAAUAUCGAAGGUUCGACUAUGUGGCAGUCGAGGGAGAAAAAUGGAAAAAAGACCAGAGCCCCAGCUGAAGGGCAUCGUCACGCGGCUUUACUGCAGACACGGCUUCUACCUCCAGAUGCUGCCGGAUGGCACCAUGGAAGGCACAAAGGACGAAAGCAGCUCCUUCUUGCAGUUCAACUUGAUUCCUGUGGGGCUCAGGAUAGUGGCCAUCCAGAGCACCAAGACGGGGCUCUACGUUGCCAUGAACAGCGAGGGCUACCUCUACACUUCGGAACACUUCACGCCCGAGUGUAAGUUUAAGGAGAGUGUGUUUGAGAACUACUACGUCACCUACUCCUCCAUCCUGUACAGACAGACCCAGUCGGGCCGGGCGUGGUACAUCGGCAUCAACCGAGAUGGACAGGUCAUGAAAGGGAACCGUGUCAAGAAGACAAAGGGAGCAGCGCACUUCCUGCCCAAACUCAUUGAAGUGGCCAUGUACCGGGAGCCUUCUCUACACGACGUUGCUGAGCAGAGUCCGCCCAGAAAAACGCCCAAGACCUCCAGUGAGUCGCCCGUGCUCCAGAACGGCAAGAAGGACCCUAAAUCCAAAACCAAAACAACGUCCUAGCGCUCAGAGACGCGGGUGGGGAGGAGAGGACGCGGCGGACACCAGAACACGGUUUUAGGGCUACCCCAUACCGGCGACACUGACCCCCUUGAGAACUAUGCGUACCACAAUGCAGUGGUGUACAGUUGGAGGGAAAAAAAAGGAGCAGAUCCCACCCACUCACACACACACCAGCCCAUCCACCUUCUUAUUAUAUUGUGAUUAUCAAAGCCUGGCAUAUAAAAGCAAUAACUCCACAAAGAGGCCAUCAGUCGCCUAGCAAAGAAUAGCAUGUCAGCGCAGCGUGUUUAACCUGCUGGAAAGGAUAUCCCACACACACCCUCCAGCCAUCUUCAGCGACAUCCUUCCAGCCGACCAAAUGUCCUAGCAAAAGUCUUCCUGGUUUUAUCACCAACGGGUGCAACGGUCAAAUCGGUCCCGCUGCAGCGCACACUUAACAAAUGGGAUGGGUUUUCGUUUGCCCACAGGGCUCCGUGCUAAUGUUAGCCGCACACAAAGCCAUGCUAAUGGGAGGCUGUCACAGAGACCCUUGCAGACUUUUUGUGCUGCAGCCAUCUGCUCAGUCCACAUCUUCUGUGUGUCAGCGACUUUGUGUGAUGGCCUAGAUACUUGUCAGCGCUGUGUGUGUGUGUGUGUGUGUGUGUGUGUGUGUGUGUGUGUGUGUGUUUGUCUAGAUCUUACUCAUUAGCUUUGGUCUUUGUGUGUAAUCGUUUUGUAACUGUGAUUGAAUAUCUGUGUGUCCAAUAUGUGCGGGGGGGAAUAAAUUAUAGGCAGAGAGAGAAGGAGGGAGGAAAAUAGAGGAUAAAUCAGAGGCCAAAUCAAUGAGUACGAGUCCUUGGGCAGAAAGCAAUAAACUCCAUUAACAAGGUGCAGCCACAUAAUUGGGAGAGUGUG